ACAACAGAAAAUGUCCCGUCUAGUCUCCUCUCGUCCUUGCGCCAUCUCGCUGCUGAACAAGGGAGGGGCGCCGAUCUCCAUCUGGCGAGCAGAGGAGGAGAGGGGAUCCUGUAACAACACAUAAAUUUGGCAGUAACAUAUCAUGUUACUACCCUUCUGGGAUAAUGUUACUGCCGAAUCAUAGUAACGAAGGAGAAAAAAUAAUCUUGGGCAUGGAAGGGCGCUCCUCAAAUGAAAUAUCAUCAGCUGAAGCUGUUUUGGUGGGAGCACUGUCUUCUGGUGUUAACGCGCCAACGUGGUUUGUGCUCAAGAUCACAUUCUUGCUACUGGCUUUCUGUUUUACUGCUAUGCUUUCUCUAGCAUUCUUUUCAAGUGACUUCAUGAUUAUUGCACAUGUUCUUUUGCUUGUGACCAUUGGCACGGUGCUAUUUGUGCUUCUCAACAGGUUUCUGGCAGAAACUGGUCUGGUACCAGUUGAACAACAGAUGAAGGAGAUGGGUAUUCAUAAAAUAGAAGCUACAGAGAAGGACAAGGGAAACUAAGCCUCUUGCUUUUAUUGACAUAGAUGACAGCUCAAAAUAUUACAUCAUUGAACAGUGUCCUUUUGUACAGACUGUAUAUGCUCAUUCAGGCAUGGAUGUAAAUUUCAGGCUGACACUAACACAUUUUGAUGAAGCUACAUUUAUCUAGGAAUAUACCACUUUUAGGAAUGCUUGUCAUCCUCCUUUGAUUUGCUCUUCUUCCUCUUGAUGUAACAGAAACAUGAGCAGCAGGGGAACUGAAACAAGAACUUCAUCGUCUGUUUAUUCACACCAAUACCGUGUUUGUGGAAGUGUUAUUGUGUUUAUGCAGAACGGAUUUGCUCCCAAACCCUUACAUAUAUAGUAUGCAUUGAUUCCUUGCUUAGUUGCUUAUCA